AUGCAGAGUGUUAGUGAAGUUGGCAGAGGAACAUUGAAUUUCCUGUCUCAGUUCAGGCCAAGAGCCUUGGAGCAUCAAAGUGCUAAGAAUUUGCUUAUGACAGACUAAAACUAUGGGACUCCCUAAGAUUCUUAUUUUGCUUAUAUUAACAAGCGAAAGAAGGAGGCAGCUAUUGACACUAAUAGAGAAGAAUAUGUUUUAUCUAAUCUAGGUCUUGAGAAACUUCUACCAUUAGAGAUUAAUGAAAAUACCAAUAAAUUGGAAAUUAAGUCACUUAGCGAUGAUUUGAUUAGAGAAAUUUAGGAGAUCAACCCUGAUUUGAAAAUAGAGGAUACAGAGCUAUUAAAGAUAACCUAAAUGAGAGAAUAGGCUAUAGAGAGAUACGUUUAAAAAACUAUAGAAGAGGAUGGUGCUUAGAAAUUUACUAAGAAAGAUUACUAAGUUCUUAAUUCACUGAAGUUCACAAAAAUUAUGGAAAAGGUAGAAGAUGAUAAAAUUGAGAAGUAAUUUUCUGAUGAUGAGUUUAGUUCAUAGGCCUAGUAGAUGCUUAAGAUAUAAAAGAAAAAGGAUGCUGUUAAAAAUAAAAGAGAAUAAAGGUUAAUGGAUAAAGAAAUCUAGCGACUGCUAUAAAAUCCCCAAAAAGUAGAUGUAGAUAAAGCCUUAGAGCUAUAUGAUAAUUAACCUAUUGAAGCCAAGCAAGUUACAAAUAAAGAUCUCAGAAAACUAAGGAGACUUAAGAGAAAAGCUGAAAAAGUUGAUGCAGCAUUGUAAAAGCCACAAAUAGCACAAUCAGCAGCUGAAUAAUAAUAGAGCAUAGAUAACUAAUCAUAAGAAGCAGUGUAGCAAUAAGAAUAAGAAAUAAAGACAGCAAUUAAAUUCGCUGAAGAACUGGGAGGUGCUAACAUUAACUCUGAAAUCGUUGAUGUAGAUGACCUUAUUAAGUGA